CACUACGACUCCCGACGUGCCUCGCGGCCUAGGGUCGGAGGGGCCCGGAUCCGGAACCGAGUGUGGCUUGCUGCUCCGGUGGCGGAGCGCGGGAGAGAUGGCCACGGGGACGGACCAGGUGGUGGGACUCGGCCUCGUGGCCCUUAGCCUGAUCAUCUUCACCUACUACACCGUCUGGGUGAUUCUCUUGCCGUUCAUCGACAGCGAGCACGUCAUCCACAAGUACUUCCUGCCCAGAGCCUACGCCGUCGCCAUCCCCCUGGCUGUGGGCCUGCUGCUACUUCUGUUUGUGGGAUUGUUCAUUACCUACGUGAUGCUGAAGAACCGGAGCGUAACCAAGAAGGCUCAGUGAAGGCCCACUGGGGUGAGGCUGUGGCUCCUCUCCAUCCCCACCAGGGACCAAAGGUCAGAGCCUGAGGACCACCUGGGCACAGUGGCCUCUGCAGCUCUCAGCAGAUGGGACUGCUGGCCACUCAUCCCUGAUGGACCUGCGCUCCAUCCUCCCCCAGCCAGCAGGCAGAGGACCUGGUGGAUUCCCUGUUGCUUUGUUCUUUGGGGUUCACCCUCUUGCCUCAGUUUCCCUCCUGUCACAUGCUGAUGUUGGGUUUAGUGGCCCCUAAUGGCACGUGACUUUGCCCUCCACAGUGGCAACGUUUCUGAGUGUGACACAGCCCAGACCCCUGGACCUGGAAAGCCUUUGAAGGACUUGACAGAGCCCAGAUCCACUGGGGCACAGUAGUGUAGCCACGCUGGGCACCCAGACAAACACUCUUAGAGGCCCAGCUCCCAGGUCCAGGGUUGGCCUGUCUGGGAGACGUUAACAAUAAAUGUUGACCAAGUGUUCUCUUU